UCGUCCCCCGGACCGCCGCGACAACCUGCAGAGCUCUGGCCGCGCUGCGCUGCUUCCGCGCCGGGCACGCCUCUCCGAGAACCGCCGCCACCUACACCCAGGGCCAGAGCCCCGAGCCUCGGAUCCGGGAGUACUUCUACUAUCUGGACCAUCAAGGGCAGCUUUUCCUCGAUGACACUAAAGUGAAAAACUUUGUCACCUGCUUCAAAGACAAACACUUCCUGGUUUUCUUCUUCAGCCGCCUGCGGUCCAAUCAGAGCGGGCGUUACGAGGAGGACUUCCCCUUCCUGUCUCCGUGCGGCAGGGAGAGGAACUUCCUGCGCUGCGACGACACACCUGUGGUCUUCACCCACCUGCUGGAGGGCGCCGCCGGGGGACAGGAAGUGCUGUCGUACUGCGGCGGCGCCGAGGCGCUCGCCACGCCUUUCCGACCGGAGGCGCUGUUCAUGCAUCCCGUCAGCGGGCGGGUCUAUCACCCCGGCCCGGGGGGCUCGGGGGGCAUCGGACUGGUCAGGUCGGCUCUGGCCAUCGAGCUCAGUCCGUUCUUCGUCUACCCGCCGGAGAGCGGCCAAUCGGGACAGCCGACUCAUUUCCUCUGGAGAGGAGAGACACUCGCGCUGACCAAUGAGCUGGCUCGAUGCUUCCCCACCGCGGAAGAGGGCGGGCAUAAAACCUCCGAAAUAUGAAAGCAAAACAGACGCCAAAACCAAUAACUUUGUAACUAAAACUAUUUAUUUUGCAUUGGAGAGACGCUGAAAAUAUUUCUUUAAUAAUAAUAAAUCCACAACGAUGUGAAAAGUCACUAUUUUGUUCCGCUAACGGCUAACAGGAUAACUAUUCGCUUUCUCACUUUAAAAAAUGUUAGCGGCACAAUUAGCUUCCGUUAAGUUGGGUUUUGCCAACUUUAAUUCCGCUAACAGCUAACUAACAAGCUAACAUCAGCAGGUUUCUCAGUCCCACCAGUCUUCAGCUCUGAAUCGUUUUAGCAGUUAGCUGUUAGCGUCUGCUAACUUUAAUUUGUUCAUCUGUUUUGCAUUAGCUUCUAAAAUAACUUAGACAUCUUAGCAUUUAGCUGUUGGUGUUAGCUUCCACUAAUUUUUAGUUGUUAAGCUAUUUCUCAUUAGCUUUUGCYAAGAUGGUUUUAGCGACAGUCUUCUUAACAGUAAGCAAAUACCUGCUAAUAACUUCCUCUAUUUUUAGCUGUUUAGCAUUAGCCUUCGUUAGAAUGAUUAAAGGUUAUCAAUUAGCUGUUAGCUUCUUCAGAUUUUAGUUAUAAAGCUGUUUAGCUUAUGCUAAGGUCAACUUAGCAAUUAGCUGUUGAUUUACAGACUUCUGAACAGUUAACCAUUAGCUGUUAGCAUUAGCUUCUGCUAAGAUGAUUGACAUUUGUCUCACCAGUUAACACGUUAGCUGUUUUAGCUUCCUGUGUUUUAGUUUUUAAAGCUGUUUAGCUUCAGCUAAAAUGGAUGUGUGCGAGUAAUCUUAGUAGUUAGUGUUAACUUAAUUUUUGUUAGCAUUAGCUUCCGCUAAGACGAKUGACAUUCAUAUCAGCAGUUAGCGAUUAGCUGUUAGCUUCCUCUGUUUUUUAGUUGCUAAAGCUGUUUAGCUUCGGCUAAGAUGGAUGAGUGCACGAGUCAUUGUAGCAGUUAGUGUUAACUUAAAUUUUAUGUUAGCAUUAGCUUCCGCUAAGAUGAUUGACAUUCAUAUCAGCAUUUAGYGAUUAGCUGUUAGUGUUAGCAUCCUUAAAUGUURCGUAUCAUUUGCUUCCGCUACUUUUUUUGUUUGUUUUUUUGCACGUACAGUAGUGGAGCGAACAUUUUGGUUUGCUGUGCCCACCACUGAAGGAGACUGGGGAAAAAUUACUUAUAACGAAUGCUUUAAAAUGUAAAUAUUAAUAAGAGGAAGAUCCUGAUCUGGUUAAAGAUUGUAGCUGUUUARGCAAAACCACUCAAAGUUUGGUUCGAAUGUGUAAAGAUAAAUGUAAAUUUGUUUAAUAAAUUUUAUUUUUGACUAGGUGUAGCUACGUUCUGCAGGUUUGACCCCAGAUGAGCCACUUCCCUGACCCAUGCUGGUCCAGGUUGUGGCUAAAGGUUCGGCUGUGCUUUAGGAGCUAUUUAGCAGCAGGAGACCCAACCAGACCCACAAUCUGUUCACAGAACCACUCGAAGUGGUUCAGGCUCCAUGUUCUCACUGGAAACUGUCAAUAAAGGUGUUUCAGACCCAUUGGGUCCAGAUCAGA